AUGAAACGUGACGACACAUAUCGCCGAGUCACACGUGAAAAAGUCGUUGUGCGCGGAAACACGACAAUCCGAACGUUGGAUCAGCGAACCAGCUUUCUGCCGUUAUUGGACAAUCCAACGCCAAGUACAUCGGGCUUCUCGCAAAUGGCUCGCAUGAUGGAUUCGCUCAUCUUGGAUAAUUUGGCACCAAUUGCCUUCACGAAAAUAACGACGCGAUGCCCGGCGCACAACGUCAAAAAAGCAUCCAGCUCGCAAAGUAUUCCGCAGACACAGACAAAUGUUGCCUUAGGAGGAAUGAGAAGUGUUGCACCGCAAAAGGCAAAGAUACCAACACAAGAAGUUCCUCCGAAUCCCCGUAGUCAGCCGAUUUCCGUUGUUCCGCCGCAAAACGCAACAAAUUCACCUCCCACUGCCUCAGAUUCGCGCUGGAUCUCGUCGUUGCGUCGUCGCGACCCCGAAUUGCAGCCAACUUUGCCCUCAAUUAGCAGCUCGUACACGCAUCAUUCGGGCUAUUCGAGCACGGCGGCAGACAAACGCUUGCUUCGCAGCACAAUCAAGUCCUCGAUGCGGAAAAGUCGGUCGAGCGAUCGUUUGAGGCAACGGAAACUCGCGACGGCGAAAAAGUCAAGCAGGAAAAAAUCGAGUUCGGAAGAAGCGGGAGCGUCAGACGAUCAGGAAGCGACUUCGAUUGAGGAUAAUACGCCGCCAAUGAGACGAUCGCCGCGAAAGGGACAUCCGAAAGUUUUUAAUUCGGCGGGAUAUGAGACGCAUUUGGUCGAUACGUUGGAGAAGGAUAUUUUGCAACGACAUCCGAACGUUUAUUGGCACGAUGUAGCGGGACUGAAUGAAGCAAAAGCCAUUUUGCAAGAAGCUGUUGUGCUUCCCGUUAUUAUGCCGGAUUUCUUUAAGGGCAUUCGUCGCCCAUGGAAAGGCGUUUUGAUGGUUGGACCUCCGGGCACCGGCAAAACGAUGCUCGCAAAAGCUGUAGCAACGGAAUGCGGAACAACAUUCUUCAACGUGUCAUCGAGCACAUUAACUUCAAAAUAUCGCGGCGAGAGUGAAAAACUCGUGCGGCUUCUCUUCGAAAUGGCUCGUUUUUAUGCUCCGAGCACAAUUUUCAUCGACGAGAUCGACUCUUUAUGUUCGUCGCGGGGCUCUGAUUCGGAGCACGAAGCAUCUCGUCGUUUCAAGGCUGAACUUUUGAUUCAAAUGGAUGGCUUGAGUGGCAUGCAUGACGAAAAAAUCAUCAUGGUCCUCGCAGCAACAAACCAUCCAUGGGACAUUGACGAAGCGUUUCGUCGUCGCUUCGAGAAACGAGUUUUUAUUGGAUUGCCGGAUGAUGAAACGCGCGCUGCACUGUUGAAAUUGUGUCUCAAAGGAGUAAAUAUCGAUCCGGAAUUGGAUUUGACGGUUGUCGCUGAGAAGCUUAAAGGUUUCACGGGAUCUGAUAUCACAAAUGUUUGUCGUGAUGCUUCAAUGAUGUCGAUGCGUCGUCGAAUUGUCGGAAAGUCCCCUGCCGAGAUAAAACUCAUCAAACGCGAAGAAGUUGAUCUUCCGGUGACAUCGCAGGACUUUGACGAAGCCAUGAACAAGACCCGCAAAUCGAACGACGUCGGCAGAUACGAAAGUUGGAUGGAGGAAUUCGGUUCGUGUUGAUUAUCGGGCCUCCUGUAGAUGUGUUUCGACAUUCCUAAAUUCAAUCUAGUCCAUUUUCUCCCAUGAACAGUGAUACAGAAUUGUCUUCUUUUGUGCGCGAAAAUUGUUUCGAACGUUUAGUUUUAAGAAAAAAAAUGAGCUUUUUAUAGAUUUUCCGUUGAAAUACCUCAAAAAAUGAUGAUUUAAGGGACACAAGUCACAAAAGUUAAGAUUUUUGUUGCAAUCUGAUUGAUAUC